UUGACAGCGUCGGUUCGUGGCUCGUUCGUGGAUCGUGUAUUUGGCCCAAGGUUAAUUAGCCAAGAUCCGAGAUUGGAGCUUGGGAGCUGCUCGAUCCGAGAUCUGAGAUCUGAGUUCCGAGAGAGCGAAGAUCACCAAAGAUAGCAAUCUAUGAGAUGUCGUUUUUCCGUAACAUACGCUCCUCCCUGUCGUCAUCGUCACGGGCCAAGAGCUCGCGCUCCUCCUCCCGCGACACGACACCCGUUCGCUCCGUAUCCCGGCCCGGCAGCGUGAUCAGUGCCCUUAGCCAUCGCAGGGACUCCACCACCAGCUCCACUCUGCAAAGGGGCGACACCUUUAUCCUGCCCAACUCCGAGGAGGAGGAAACAGCAGGAGGAGCCGCUUCAAACACUUCAACCUUAGAGAAAAAGUCCAAAAAGUCCAAGGUCUUUAGCAAGUUUAGCACUUUUACAAAGCGCAAAAAGACCCCCUCGCCGGAGGAAGUGGCCAGCUAUGAGCAUCAUCCCAGCGACACCGCCACCAACACGUACUACAAGUGGCGCAGCGAUGGAGCGGAUCGCCUGCAGGACUACGAUGCCCAGGCGGAUCCCUUCAACUUCCUGUACGAACAGCACUCCAGUCUGCGCAAUCUGCAAUCCGGGGACAACAAUGGCGUCCAUCGGCAGGCCAGCAUUGGCUCCAAUUCCAGUGGGAGCUUUGAUUCCUCCACCUACCGGAAGAGCAAGACGCCCACGCAUUUGCGGGAGCAGCUGGAGCAGCUGAAAACCCACUCGAACGAUGAUCUGCUUGAGGAUCAGCAGCGGGAGGAGGACGAGCGGGAGAAGUACAAGACAGUGACGCUGAAUAGCUUCAGGAAGUCCUUCCGCGAUCGCCUGCUGCAGCAGCAGAAGGAAACGCCGCACAAUCCCGCCUGGUUUGUGGAAGUUCCCGCCGCCCAGCAGUCCACCGCCAAGACCUCGGAACGCCGCGAAUCCAAGGAGAAUCGCCCGGAUUUCCUGGUCUUCGACAAUCAGAACUACCGGCCCCAGUCGCGCUCCCCUCUCCGGGAUCGCCCAUCGCGCUCCGCCACCCGCUCGCCAGUGAAACGGAACGAAACCUUCCGUGUGGCCCAGCCCUCGAUGCGUCACAUCUCUCCGUCUCCGACUCCUAAUCUAGUGCCGCCUGCUCCCUCCAUCCGCAUCGAGAUCAAGAACUCUAUAUCGCCGCACUCUCCAGGCAGAUUUGUGCCCGUGGGCGUGGCCAAGCCCAUGCCCACCACGGAGUACUAUGCCCAAAGAUUGCUGGCAGCCAAUCAUCACCAGCAACAGCAUCACCAGACCCAGCAGCAGAGACCCGGUUUGGGAGUAAGGAGCACCAGUCCCAGUCAGAGCUCCCGUUGGUACCGCCAGCAGCCUUCUCCCAAUAGGUUGGGUCAUCAGCUGCAGAAUCCCCCGCAGCAGAAGGGCGGCCGCACCCUGGUGCACAUAGGAUCCGAUCAAAGCAAGGCCAUGAUGCCGCCUCCAGCCCGAGGAAGGGCGCCUACGCGCGUUCAGCUGUACGGGAACAAGCCGCAGAGUCGCCCCCCGCCGGCGACCUACUUCGGGGGCCACUACAAUGCACCUGCCAAGUCAGCCGUUCCUCCCAGAGGAUCGUCCGUUGGAGGCCAUACAGUAUAUUUGGGGCGUCGCGAACCGCCGAUGACACGUGCCACCAAUAGCACCAGCACCAGCAGCGCCGCCCACGUUGCCGCCCCCAUGCCGCGUCGCAACCGAUCGCCGAUCAAGAUGCCCUGGCGGUAGGCGUCAACCCGGCCAAUCUACACAACGGAGAAUGGAGAAUCAAGAAUGAGUGGCUCGCACAUAUACGGCUAUAUAUAUAUACAUAUGUGAUAGCUUCUUUCCAAAGUGACAAAGUCGCCGCCUGAUAUUGCGUCAUGAUCGGAGAGCUGGAGCUGCGCUGGGAAACGCAGCUUGGCAAACGAAUCCAUAAUGUGCAAAUAAAUGAUUUAUGUAUCCAUCAGUCCCCCAUACAGUCCCGUAUCGUGUGUUGUGAAUUUUUUGUACGUCAAAAUUAUUGUUAAGUAAAUAAAUAAAAAAAAAAAAGCAAAACAAAUAAACGACAACAGAUAAUUCAAAAUGUA